AUGCCGCGCAUCUACCUCGGAAAAAUUCCAUAUCAUGCGAGAGAGCGUGAUAUCGAACGCUUCCUCAAAGGAUAUGGCAGAAUCACCAACAUCUCGAUGAAAUAUGGAUUUGCCUUUGUCGACUUCGAAGACUAUCGAGAUGCCGAAGAUGCCUGUCACGAUUUGGACGGCAAGACCAUGGAUGGAAGCUCUAUGCGUGUUGUUGUCGAGAUGGCUAAAGGAAAGCCGCGCGGAAGCGAUGCUCGUGGAGGAUCCAGAUCACCAAGAAGACGUUCUCGUUCUCCAAGACGUCGGUCUCGCACGCCUCCAAGAAGACGCUCUCGCAGCCGUUCUCGUGAUCGCAAGCGUUCGCGUAGAUCUCGUUCUAGAAGCGCUUCGAGAUCCAAGUCACCAGAACGUGAAAGUCGCCGCAGAAGCGAGUCUAGAUCUCCGAGCCCAAAAAGAAACGCGUGA